AUGGCAAAGCAGGGAAACCCAACACUCUUCAAUGAGAUCUACACUGAGCUCUACAUCACAGAAGGUGAAAAUGAAGAGACUGAAAAGUCUUCUAGGAAAGAAGAAACAGAAGCUACACUAAUCAUUUGCAAUAACAUCUUCAAACCGUUACCUGGACAAGACCAACCCAUCAGAACUGUGCUGACUAAAGGAGUUGCUGGCAUUGGAAAAACAGUGUCUGUGCAGAAGUUCAUUCUAGACUGGGCUGAAGGGAAAGUGAAUCAGGACGUUCACCUCAUAUUUCCACUUCCUUUCAGAGAGCUCAAUUUGCUGAAGCACAAAACAUUCAGUCUUAAAGAUCUUCUACAGUUUUUCAUGGGCACAAAUCAUCUGAAAAUCUCCCCAAAUGAAGGUAAAAUCAUUUUCAUCUUUGAUGGGUUGGAUGAGUGUCGUCUGUCUCUGGAUUUUCAGAACAACAUGAGACCAGCAGCAGCUGAUCUCAUCCCCUCUGAGUGUGUUGAUCGAGUGACAGAGGUACGAGGCUUCAAUGACCCACAGAAGGAGGAAUAUUUCAGGAAGAGAAUCAGAGAUCAGAGUCUGGCCAAUAAAAUCGUCUCACACCUGAAGUCAAUGAGAAGCCUCUACAUCAUGUGCCACAUCCCAGUGUUCUGCUGGAUCUCAGCCACUGUUCUAGAGAAAAUGUUUAGCAAAGCAGAGAGUGGAGAGAUUCCCAAGACUCUCACUCAAAUGUACACACACUUCCUGAUCCUUCAGACCAACAUCAAACAUGAGAAGGACUAUGAGAAGAAAGUGAAUGAUGAAGAUAUGAUCCUCAAACUGGGGAGGCUGGCUUUUCAGCAACUUAUGGGAGGCAAUCUGUUCUUCUAUGAAGAAGAUUUGAGAGAGUGUGGCAUUGAUGUGACUGAAGCAUUAGUGUACUCUGGAUUGUGCACUUGUAGAGAGGACUUGCAUCAGAGGAAUGUCUACUGCUUUGUUCAUUUGACCAUCCAAGAACAUCUGGCUGCUCUGUAUGUGCAUCACUCCUUCACAAAAAACAACAUCAAUGUGUUUGAUAUUACCAAACCAACUCAUGGAGCAGAAAUCGAACAUGUUCCAAUAUUCGACCUGCAUCAGAAAGCUGUGGAUGAGGCUGUAAACAGUAAAACUGGACAUUUAGACCUUUUCCUUCGCUUCCUUCUUGGCUUCUCACUUGAGACCAGUCAGACUCUCUUAAAUGUUCUUCUGACACAGACAGAAAGCAGGAAACACAAUUUAGAAGAAACAGUCAAAUACAUCAAGAAAAGGAUAGAGGAACAUCCAACUCCAGAAAAAUUAAUCAAUUUGUUCCUCUGCCUCAAUGAUCUGGGUGAUCGCUCACUAAUAGAAGAAAUGCAGUGUUACCUAAUCACUAAAUCUCUUACAACAGCGUUGUCUUCCUCACAGUGGUCAACUGUGCUCUAUGUUCUGCUGACUUCAGAGAAUUUGAAUGUGUUUAAUUUUAAGAAUUAUGCUUCAGUAAUCGAUUCUGCUUACAUACCGCAAAUUCUUCUCAAACUACUACCUGUGAUUGAAGCAUCCACAUCUACUCAAUUCAGUGGGUGCAGACUGACAGAGGAAAGCUGUGAUCUUCUAUCCAGAGCUCUGAGCUCAGAAGCCACAUGUGUGAAGGAGCUGAACCUGAGUGAAAAUCCAUUGAAAGAUGCAGGAGUCAAGUUUAUCUCUGAAGGACUGCGGAAUCCUCACUGUAAAAUAGAGAUACUGAGGUUGAGGAAUUGUGAAAUCACAGAUCAAGGUUGUGAUCAUCUGACUUCAGUUCUCAAAUCAAACUCCUCAAGACUGAGCGAGCUGGAUCUGUCUGGGAAUAAACUAGGAGAUUUAGGAUUGAGGCUGCUUUGUGAUAUACUACAGAGUCAUCCUUGUAAACUAGAAAAUCUGAAGUUGAAUGAUUGUGGGGUCACAGAUAAAGGUUGUGCUGCUCUGGCUUCAGUUAUGAAAUCAAACCUCUCACAACUGAAAGAUCUGGAUCUGUCUGAGAAUCAAUUAGGACACUCCCAAGUGAUGUUUCUUUCUGAUGGACUGAAGAAUCAUCACUGCAAACUGGAGAAUCUGAGGUAA